AUGUCAAAUAUCCUCCGAAAACUCUCCCCCGAGCUGGACUCAUUCUACGAACCCCCUUCUCUCACUGGGACGAACGUAAAUCCCGUCUCUCAACCAGCUAUCCGCCACUCUGAGUCCUCCUCUGCAAUCUCCAGCAGUUAUCUGUCGUCUCUCCUACAUCCUGACGACACAUAUAAGCCUCUCGUCCCGCUACCGGACUUUUCUCUUUAUUCAUACACAUACAUCCGAUCGUCCAGAAAAUGCACAGCACUAGCCGUGACCGCAGCACUUGGAGAAGUGGGCAACACCACCAAACCGAGGAAGGAAAAGAAGGGAUUUGAAAGUCAAAACCACGGGAGCCUGCUGAGUUGGGUUGGAACCACUUGCAAUCUACACGGAUACCAGCAAUCCAUACCUGGGGAAUCUGGAGGGGUCGCCUUUCUCCUCCUCUUUAUGUUUGGCCGUACAGAAUAG